CCCAAACGCAAAAGAUCCCAAACCCCUAAAUCACCCGCUCCCCAGUCCCCACCUCCUCCUCCUCCUCCUCUCGCUGGUGUCUCGGGUGGCGGCGCGGCGCACCACCUCGCGGCGAGAUGGCGAGCUCGGCGCUGAGGCGAUCCCUCCGACGCCUCCUCCCUUCGAGCCCCCCUCCCCCGUCCCCCGCCUCCGCCGCCGCCGCCGCGACCUUCCGCCGCUCCUUCCUGUCCGGUGGCGGUGACGGGGUGGGAGAGAGCGUGGAAGAAUUUGAGAAGAGGAUGCUGAGUGGCUUGGAUGAUGGGCUUGAGAAUCGCCGUGGAGGAUCUGACUGGGGUUGGAGGGGUGGGUUCCGUAACAGGGGUAACUCUAGCAGCAUCUUGGCUGAAUUGUGCACGGGCUUCGAUUCCUUAGAAGAUGGUUUGGAUGAGAAGUUGGAUGAGGCGUCCCGCACCUUUCAUGUGACGGAGGAGUAUGAGGACGAUGACUAUGAUUACAGGCCAGAUGUGACUUUCAGGCGAGGCUCAACUUAUAAUGUCAAGGAUCUUGACCUUACAAGACCUGCAGCCGCAAAGAACCCUCCUAGGCCACAGUUUCAAACAACUACAGAGGAGGUUUUAAAGAAAGCCGAUUUUAGGAAUGUUAGAUUUCUGGCCAACUUUCUUACAGAAGCUGGCAUUAUAAUCAAGAGGAGUCAGACUCGUAUAAGUGCGAAAGCUCAGCGUAAGGUUGCAAGAGAGAUUAAAACCGCCCGUGCAUUGGGGCUAUUGCCUUUCACAACAAUGGGCCAAAGACCAUUCAUUUAUGGCAGAUCUGUGGAGGUGAAUCUUUCAGAGGAGGAAUAUGGUUACGACUUUGUAGAUCGGAGGGCAGGUGAGCCUGAUGAGAAUGCAGACGACGCUGUGCCUGAUGAGGACGUUGCGCCUGGUGUGGAGAAUGCAUAAGCAUUUUUCAAGGGCUUGCCAUUCUGCAAUGCUCUGCAUUUCUUCUGUUACUCAUUCGACACGGUUCCACAUGCCUUCCUGCCUGAUAGUCAUCUACUCUUGCCCGGAUCAUAGCCCAGGUUCAAUAAAUUGUAGUAUUUCGCAUGUUAUGUACACUAUAAUCUCGGUUUCUGGUUUUGCUUGUUGUGACAUGAUCAGCAAAAUUUUUGGCUUGCUAGUCUCCAGGUUGGAGAUCAUGUGCCCCACCUAACAUUAACAUGAAAAUGAUCCAGACGAGAUCCAGUCCUUAAUUAAUUUUAAGGCAGUCA